AUGGCUAACUCUCCUAGUACUUCCAACGAGACCGUCGUAGUCUCCACUUCCCCACAAAUCCUCUACAUGAACAUGACGAACGUCACCAAACUCACAGCCACCAACUUUCUGAUGUGGAGCCGACAGGUCCAUGCCUUGCUCGAUGGCUACGAUCUGGCUGGCUAUGUUGAUGGAACGGUCAUCGUUCCACCUCCGACAGUCACCACCGCUGAUGUUGUGACUCCAAAUCCAGAUUAUCCGAUCUGGAAACGCCCGAUAAACUGA